ACGGUCCCUGGGAGCGCCAUGGGGCCCACCGUGCGGGCUCCAGCCCCCAAAGACUGCCUUGGAUGUCAAGGGUCGCAACCUGAUUACCCCCCGGCCCUCGUGACCUUCAUGUUCUGCACAAUGGUGGUCACCACCGUGGUAGACCUGAUCGGCAACUCCAUGGUCAUUCUGGCUGUGGCAAAGAACAAGAAGCUGCGAAAUUCGGGUAACAUAUUUGUGGUUAGUCUCUCCAUGGCGGAUGCGCUGGUGGCCCUCUAUCCGUACCCUCUGAUGCUGUACACCAUGUCCGUCGGGGGCUGGAAUCUCAGCCAGCUCCAGUGCCAAAUGGUCGGACUCGUCACAGGGCUGAGCGUGGUCGGUUCCAUCUUCAACAUUAUGGCCAUCGCCAUCAACCGCUACUGCUACAUUUGCCACAGCCUGCAGUAUGAGCGGAUCUUCAGCGUGCGCAACACCUGCGUCUACCUGCUCAUCACCUGGCUCAUGACCGUCCUUGCUGUCCUGCCCAACAUGUACAUUGGCACCAUCGAGUAUGAUCCUCACACCUACACCUGCAUCUUCAACUAUCUCAACAACCCUGUUUUCACCGUGACCAUCGUCUGCAUCCACUUCGUCCUCCCUCUCAUCAUAGUCGGUUUCUGCUACAUGAGAAUCUGGACCAAAGUGCUGGCAGCUCGGGACCCAGCUGCACAGAAUCCUGACAACCAGUUUGCAGAGGUUCGCAAUUUUCUAACCAUGUUUGUGAUCUUCCUCCUUUUUGCAGUAUGCUGGUGCCCCAUCAAUGUGCUCAUGGUGUUCGUGGCUGUCAGUCCAAAGGAGAUGGCAAGCAAGAUCCCCCACUGGCUUUAUCUUGCAGCCUACCUCAUAGCCUACCUCAACAGCUGCCUGAAUGCUGUCAUCUACGGGCUCCUUAACGAGAAUUUCCGACGAGAAUACUGCACCAUCUUCCAUGCUAUUCGCCAUCCUAUCCUGUUCUUCUCUGGCCUCAUCGCUGACAUCCGUGAGAUCCAGGAGGCCCGUGUCCUCACCCGUGCCCGCAUCCGUGCUCGUGAUCAAGCCCGUGAACAGGCCCGCGAACAAGCGCGACUGCAUGCCCGAGAACAAGACCCUGCUCGUGCCUGUCCUGUUGUGGAGAGAACCCCGAGGAGCGUCCGAAAUGUUCCAUUGCCUGGAGAUGCCGCCGCUGGCCCCCCCAGCCGUGCUUCUGGCCACAGCAAGGCCCAUGCCAGGUCUGCCUCUGCCUACCGCAAACCUGCCGCUGGCCACUCCAAGUCUGUCUCUGCCUACCCCAAGUCUGCCACCGUCUACCCUAAGCCGGCCUCAGUUCACUUCAAGUCGGACUCUGUCCAGUUCAAGCCAGCUUCGGUCCAUUUCAAGGGCGACUCUGUCCACUUCAAGGCGGAAUCUUGCCAUUUCAAGCCUAUUCCCAAGCGUGCCAGUGAUCACCACGUCUCUGCUAGCAGCCAUUCCUCCAGCCACCCUACACACACCACUGAGCAUGUCAAGCCUGCGGCCAGCCAUGCUCAGUCCACCAGCACUGACUAUGACAAUCAUGCCCCCACCUGUGAGCCCCUGCCCACUGUGGCUGUCGAUCCUGACCUCCCUAGGUCCCACUGCCCCAUGGUCAUCUCCCCCGAGCCCCUUGAGUGUCACGUCACUAACCUCCUGGAGCCUGCCUCCAGCUCUACCACAGGGUCCCCAGAGCCUGCUGUCCUCCAACAGGAACUGGUAGCUGCUGCUGAGCUUCCCGACACGCAUGCUACUACUGCUGGCCCCAGUGCUCGCCCUCAGGUUGUGGUUAUUGAUGUUGACGAGGAUUCUGAUGAGAUUGCUGUGUAA